AUGUCAUCCAUUACUUUACCAGCUCUUCAAGGCCUUCCCACGGCUUCUGUUGCCUCCCAAGCCCUGACUGAUAUCCAAUUCCGCGCACGUAGAGCGGCCCUGACCCUCUCGCACAUCACCAUUUUCACUCUUAUCACAGCAUUCAGCCUCUCCUCUCCUCGUCGACGGCAUCCUUAUCUCCUCUGGACCAGCGCAUUCGCUCUUCUCGGUGGUCUCGGUCUGGAACUGUAUACCAACCACCCUUCCUUCAUCCAGGGCACCGAGAGCCCUCGCACCAGUACCUGUAGCUCCUAUCUGUCAUCUCUAUGCAGCGUGUCUACAUCUGGCGAACCACGUUCUUCAUGCUGCUGUGCUGGAUCUAUUUUGAACCGUUUCUUCGGAUCUGCGCCUAAGCCAGCCUCCCCCGAGAAGAAAGCAGAAGACGAAGAGUCGCUUGCAACCUCGAGUGAAAUCGAGCUUGUCGAACCUCCAUCAGAGGCUGAGUCUAUGGGAACCUCCCGCUCAACCGAAAAACCCACACCAGCUAGCUCAGUGGCGGAUGUCAAUGGCGAAUCCGUCGAACUGGCCAUGAAGAAAGAACGCAACCUCCACAUGCUCAGGACGUAUCUGCUUGGUAUCGGCUUCUCCAUGGGUGUGAUUGGCAUCUGGGGCGAACGAACAAAGUAA